AUGGGUUCUUUGGCUUUCAAAUUUCUCUGGCUGGUGGUUCUGUGUGCACUAAUUUGGGCCUCAGAGCCCAGAAAACUCGUAAUUACCAAUGGAGGAGAGAUUGAGAGUGAAAAGACACUGGCCUUCCAGUUCUUUCCUGGAUUCGGCGGCGGACUCGGUGGCGGUGGAGGGUAUGGUGGUGGUGGCGGCGGCGGGUUAGGUGGUGGUUCGGGCUUUGGCAGUGGAGGUGGAGGGGGUUUUGGGUCUGGCAUUGGGGGACUAGGCAGUGGCGGUGGCGGAGGGUUUGGUGGAGGUGGAGGCGGUGGCGGUGGUAUUUUAGGUGGCGGAGCUGGCGGAGGAGCUGGUGGUGGAUUUGGAGGUGGACUGCCUUGA